AUGCCCUUAUUACAUCGACACAAGGGGAGGAACGCAGAGGAUGGAAAUGCAGAGGUAGAGCAACAGCGACAAGAUGAAGAAAAGGCUAAGCGCUAUGAGGGAGAAGAAUAUCAAUCAUUAUUACUCUACGUGGAAGAUCAGGCUAAAAUUCUCAAGGAGAAGGAAAACAAGGGGGAUGAUGAUGAUGACAAGGAUGCAAAGUAUGUCAGAAAGUGGUACACACCUUGGAAGAAGACGAAGAUCGAGUCAACAGUCAAAAGAAUACCAAAAGAAUGGCUGGACACAGAUCGUCAAAAAGGUAUCACCGCAGCCGAAGCCGAGAACAGACGCAAGGUAGUGGGAUUCAACGAGCUUCAAAGUCCGUCAGAGAAUCAGUUCCUCAAAUUCUUAGGGUAUUUUCGAGGACCCAUCUUGUAUGUUAUGGAACUGGCUGUUCUUCUUGCUGCUGGAUUGAGAGAUUGGAUCGAUUUUGGUGUCAUCAUUGGUAUUUUGGCUUUGAACAGUUUCGUCGGAUGGUAUCAAGAGAAACAAGCCGGAGACAUUGUGGCUCAGCUCAAAGCCGGCAUUUCCAUGAAAAGCACGGUGAUCCGAGAUGGUAAAGAACAGGAAAUUGAAGCGCGAGAUUUGGUCCCUGGUGAUAUCGUCGUUCUCGAAGAGGGAAGCACGAUUCCUGCAGACUCCAAAAUCAUCGGCGAUUACAAUGAUAAGAACGGUGCCAACUCCAAGGACAUUUUAGAUAAGAUUGACAAAUCCAAAGCAGAGAAACAUCACGGGAAAGACGACGAAUCUGACGAUGAUGAGGAUGAUGGUCCCAACAAAGGUCCCUCUCUCUGUUCAGUGGAUCAGUCAGCUAUCACAGGAGAAUCUCUCGCUGUCGACAAGUUCCUUGGAGAUGUCGCAUACUACACAUGCGGUAUUAAACGUGGUAAAGUCUACGCCAUCGUCACUCUCCCUGCAAAACAAUCUUUCGUCGGUCGGACUGCCGCUUUGGUUUCCGAUUCAAAUGAACGUGGUCACUUUCAAAUAGUCCUUGGUAACAUCGGUGAAUCUCUCUUGGUAUUGGUCAUAUUCUUCAUCUUUGCAGCUUGGAUCGGCAGUUUCUUCCGAGGGGUAGGGAUCGCUACACCCAAAGAAAACAAUUUACUCGUGUACGCACUUGCGUUCCUCAUUAUCGGUGUACCGGUCGGUCUGCCCGUGGUGACGACCACCACGCUAGCUGUCGGUGCGGCAUAUCUCGCUAGACGAAAAGCUAUCGUACAGAAGCUCACGGCUAUCGAAUCACUUGCUGGGGUGGAUAUUUUGUGUUCGGACAAGACUGGUACUUUGACGGCGAAUAAGUUGUCGCUGAACGAUCCGUAUAUCGCACCCGAUGUGGACCCGAAUUGGUUUAUGGCUGUUGCAGUUUUGGCCUCUUCGCACAAUAUCAAAUCUCUGGAUCCCAUCGACAAAGUCACCAUUGUGGGGUUGAAAGACUAUCCCAAAGCUCAGGAAAUGCUCAAACAAGGCUGGAAGACCAACAAGUUUUUGCCAUUCGAUCCCGUGUCCAAACGUAUCACCGCCGAAGUUGAGAAAGAUGGCAAGAAAUACACCUGCGCCAAAGGUGCUCCCAACGCCAUUUUGAAACUAGCAAAAUUCGACGCCGCGACCGUGAAUGCAUACCGUGAUCAAGCUCAACAAUUCGCAACUCGAGGAUUCCGUUCUCUCGGUGUGGCCUCGAAGGAAGAAGGUAAAGAAUGGCAAUUACUUGGAAUGUUGUGCAUGUUCGAUCCCCCACGAUCAGACACUGCUCGAACCAUUGGAGAAGCCAACAAUCUCGGUAUACACGUAAAGAUGCUCACUGGGGAUGCUGUCGCUAUAGCCAAAGAAACUUGCAAACAGCUCGGACUCAAGACGAACGUAUACGACUCUGAGAAACUCAUAGGCGGAGGAAUGUCAGGUUCUGACAUUCGAGAUUUCGUCGAAGCAGCCGAUGGUUUCGCAGAGGUUUUCCCGGAACAUAAAUACCAAGUUGUUUCCUUACUCCAGGAAAGAGGACAUUUGACGGCUAUGACGGGAGAUGGAGUGAAUGAUGCUCCUUCUCUCAAAAAAGCCGAUUGUGGUAUUGCUGUGGAAGGUGCCAGUGAUGCUGCCAGAACUGCAGCUGAUGUGGUCUUUUUGGAUGAAGGGUUGUCGACAAUCAUCACUGCUAUAAAAGUGGCCAGACAGAUCUUUCACCGUAUGAAAGCGUACAUUAUCUAUCGUAUUGCUCUUUGUGUACAUCUUGAAUUAUAUGUUUUGCUUGAUAUUCUGAUCUUGAAUCAAAGCAUCCGUAUCGACUUGAUCGUGUUUUUGGCGAUUUUCGCAGAUGUGGCUACGAUAGCUAUAGCAUAUGACAAAGCUCCUUAUGCUCGUCAACCUGUAGAAUGGCAAUUGCCCAAAGUAUGGAUCAUCUCGACUGUCAUGGGAUUACUCCUCGCCGCAGGCACAUGGAUCCUCCGUGGAACAUUAUUCCUCAAAAAUGGCGGUAUAAUCCAAAACUUUGGUUCACCGGAAGAGAUUAUAUUCCUGGAAGUGGCACUUACUGAAUCUUGGGUCAUUUUCAUCACUCGAUUGGCACAAGAACCUGGAACCCCCAAUGUCUGGCCAUCAUGGCAAUUAAUAGGUGCUGUAUUGGGUGUUGAUAUUUUGGCAACUCUUUUCGCUCUAUUCGGUUGGAUCUCAGGUCCGAACGUCCAUGGUGGAUGGAUAGACAUUGUUACUGUCGUCAAAGUUUGGGGUUAUUCAUUUGGUGUCACAGUUGUCAUUCUCAUCCUUUACCUGCUCAUGUCGAAAAUCCGAGCUUUAGACAAUAUCGGUCGUCUUUCUCGUUCAAGGAAAAACGAAAAGCUCGAAAACUUCCUCACUGAUCUUCAACGUCUCACCAUUGUACAUGAAACCGAUCGUGGUGGUUCAUACUAUCGUUUCUCCUCUGGUCAAGCUUCACCAGGUGCCAAUGCCGCUGGAGAUGGUGAAGGUGGAGACGAUAAGAAAGGCGCUGCCAAAAGUGGUCAAACCAAUGAAAAAGAACAAGGUGCUAAAUCCAAUGGGAGUGGUGGGAGGGUAGGAGGUAAUUCUGGAAAUGGUGCACCAGCGGCAGAAGGUGAUAAAUCUAUGGCUGAUCAACAUGGUGGUGGUGAUCAAGCUCAAGCUCAAAAAAGGAAACAAGAUGGGAAAGAAAAAAGUCCAUUGGGUGAUAGGAGUGAUGCUGAAUCUAGUGGAAGUUCACAUCAAAAAGUUGAAGGUUAGGUUAAGAACAAGGGUUGAUGAUGAGAUGUGAAAAGGAAGAAGGGAAUGAGGGGAUGUAUAUAUGUUUGUAGCUUAGAAUUUUAAUAUCAGAAUCUGUUUUUUGAUCGUUUGAAGGAUUUCGAUUUGAAAUGAUAUGCAUACUAUGCUAUGCUU